CCUGCGUGCAGUUUUCAGGGUGUAGCUUCGCUUGGGAUGGUGCAACCAGCUAGGGCUAAGCAGCCUCCAGCAGUAGCAAAGCCAGCGGCUGCCUCUGAUAACGUUAACAGCAUGUGGGUUGCUCUAUUGCUGGGGAUCAUCAGUGCUAUAGUUGCCUGGAUAUGGUUUGGGGGAUCCAGAGAGGAUAAAAGAUCUGAUACCCAGGAUCAGCAGGAUGAACCAGUAAUCCAAAAGGAGCAGGAAACUUGUGCUAGUAAUAAUGAACACCCGCAAGAAAAAGUAAGCGCAGAUGCAGCUAAAAAGGAAAAGAGGAGAAGAGGAAAGCAGCGUUCCACAGAAGAGAAGCCACAAACCCCAGCUGAGAAGCCGGUGGAUAAACCACAGACCCCAGCUGAGAAGCCACAAACCCCAGCUGAGAAGCCUAAGCCACAGACCCAAGCUGAGAAACCGUUAGAUAAACCACAGACCCCAGCUGAGAAGCCUAAGCCACAAACCACAGCUGAGAAGCCUAAGCCACAGACCACAGCUGAGCAGCAACACGCCCUAGCUAAGAAAUCACUGGAGAAGCCAAAAGCCCCAGCUGAGCUGCCACACGCCCCAGCUGAGCUAUCUCCAGGGAAACCUCAAGCUGAUAAGUCAGACAUUCCAGGUGAGGAACCUAACGUUCUAGCUGCGGAGCCAGUGGAUACACUACAGACAGCCGUGCAGAAACCAGUGGAUAAAACAGGCAACACUUUAGUGAAGUCAGAAGCUCCUCGGGAGAAAUCUGAUAAAUUACAUGGACUAGUGGAUAAGACCGUAGAAAAGCCACAUCACCCGAUUGAGAAGAUCGUGGACAAGCCACAUACGCAGGUGGAGCAGCCGCACUCACCGAUUGGGAAGCCAGUAGACGAACCGUACGCGCCUGUGGUGGAGGAGCCACCUGCCUCUGUUUAUGAGCCUUACGCCUCAGCAAAGAAACCUGAUGUUAUUUCUGCUGCCCCAGGGGAGAAUCUUAAUUCAAAUGGGGAGACGCAUCCUGCCCCACUGCAUAAACCUGUAAAUGUUUUUAAUGCAUCGUUAGAGAAGCCAGAAACCCCGAUUCAUGCCCCAGAUGAGAGGCUAGAAGAGGAACCUAUUGCCUGGUUACAGCCCCCAUUAGGGACUGCUCAAACUCUAGAGAAGCUGAAACCAACUAAAGAAUGCAUUUUUAGAAAUGUCCAUGUAUCUGAAGUAAAGGAUGAAACGCCACUCUCACAACAAGGUGGGCAAAACGACAUUGGUCAAGAGGAAGAAUGUGCUCUACUUGCAAACAGUCAUCACAAGUAUCCUGAGGUAGAUUCAGUAUUUGAAAAUGUCUCUGCUCCUAUGGCAAAAGAACUGUACGGUGAUAAAGAGUCGCGUGAACUUUCAGUUACUUAUAAUGUGCUGACUAAUGACCACAAAGUUACUAUAGGACCUGCAGCAGCUGCUCCAGGUGUUUCACAUGCUCAUGUUGAGAAUGCACGAAGUGAUGACAAUGUAUUGAUUGAAAUGUAUAAAACCACUGAUGUUCCAGAAGAUGAGAAACAUGAUACUCUGACUGUUGCAUCUGAGAAUGUUUCUGAUCUGCACAAGUCCACCUUAAGUAAUGAGAUGAUUGCUGCUGUUUCUCCAGUAUCUGACAUUAAGACAACCGAAAUUGAUCCUGCAAAAAUAAAGAGAAUAGCUGCUGUGCAUCCCAUGCCUCAAAAGGUCAAGGUGGACUUCAAAGUUCACUACUACACGCAGUCAGAUUCCCAAGUAAUUGCUGUCAUAGGUGAUCACGAGCAGCUUGGUGGGUGGGAGGUCUACGUUCCACUGACCUAUGAAAAAGAUGGCUUCUGGUCGCAUUCUGUAGCGCUUCCUGCAGACACCAGUGUCGAAUGGAAGUUUGUUAUGGUGGAAAAUGGGAAGAUCAAACGCUGGGAAGAAUGCAGCAAUAGAAAUUUACAAACUGAGCAUGAUGAUAUUGAAGCUAAUCUAAAUUGGGGUUAUAACUGACAGCCCUCCGUCAGCAAUAGAUUUCUUUCAUGUAUCAUACAAAGUCAAUGGCUACACGUAGGUCACCUUGACAAUAGUAUUGCAGUAUAUUGUGUCUUCCUGUUAUGUAUUGUGUAAAAAUGAAACGUCAACCCUGAAAAGUAGUUUAAUCAUUUACCAGGUUGUCUCAAUCUGUGAAUCUUUGAUUAAACUUUUCACCCAGAUUUUGGGGUUUGUUCUAUGACGAACCAUUUUGGCUUUAGAAUUCUGCGUGCAAUCCAAGGCAGGGCUCCAGUCUAAACCACUAAGUCAAUAUUUGCUGCUUUAUCGCAUCUGUGCAAUAGUUCAGUUCAAUUGUCUUUUGAAAAUAUUCUAGACAUAAUACAUUUUUAAAUUUUGUUAACAGAUUAGGUUAUAAUAGGUAAAAUACAAAUUAAAAGUGUACUUUAUAAUAUGAAAA